GAUCUCUAGCAAAGAUCAAUAGUUUAUCUAUCUCUAUUUUUCUCAGUCUAUGUCGUAUUGUAUUUUUGUAACGUUUUAUCGAUGUACUCAUAGUGUACUAAACUGUUUACGAGGAUACACGUUACGAGGAUUAUAGAUCUGAUAGCCAGAUAUAUACGUUUAAAGAAAAUGUAUAUGACAUAACCUCUCAAAUUGUAAAGAUUUUGACUUUAGAAUUCAAUUCAAUUUAGUUUUAAUAAUGAGGAUCGCCGUGGAGGGUUGCGCUCAUGGCGAAUUGGAUAUUAUUUAUGAAAGUAUACAAGAGAUUGAAAAAAUAGAUGGCAGGAAGAUAGAUUUGCUUAUUUGCUGCGGCGAUUUUCAAGCUACCAGAAAUUUAAGCGAUUUAGAAUGUAUGGCAGUACCGGACAAAUAUAAAGAUAUAUGUACAUUUUAUAAAUAUUAUUCGGGUGAGAAAAAAGCUCCAGUGUUAACCAUUUUUAUUGGAGGCAAUCAUGAAGCAUCAAAUCAUCUUCAGGAACUACCCUAUGGAGGAUGGGUCGCGCCUAAUAUUUAUUAUCUUGGAUAUGCAGGUGUAGUACAAGUGGCUGGAGUUAGAAUUGCAGGCCUUUCGGGUAUCUAUAAGAGCCAACAUUUGAUGCAAGGGCAUUAUGAAAAACCUCCAUAUACUGACAGCACCAUUCGGAGUAUAUAUCAUAUCAGAAAUUUGGAAGUCUUUAGAUUAAAACAGCUCUCUGGCAAAAUUGAUAUUUUUCUUUCACAUGACUGGCCAGCAGGUGUGACAAAAUAUGGAGAUGAAGACGCAUUGUUAAAACGAAAACCAUUUUUUAAAGAUGAUAUAGAAAGCAAUACACUUGGUAGUCCUCCAGGUAUGGAAUUGUUGGAACGCCUUUAUCCGUCUUAUUGGUUCUCCGCGCAUUUGCAUUGUAAAUUCGCGGCGCUCAUUCCCGAGAAAGGAGGAGCACGAGUAACGAAAUUCCUAGCGCUAGACAAAUGUCUACCAAAACGGAAAUUCCUUCAAAUAUUGGAAGUACGUUCACAAGAGGACGGUCUGAUACAAUUGGAUUAUGAUCUUGAAUGGUUAACGAUACUAUACUUAACGAAUCACUUAUUGAGUGUCAAGAACAAUAUUCAUUACAUGCCCGGUCAGUAUGGCGUUGGUAGAUGGACAUACACGCCUACUACGAAAGAGAAACAAACUGUGUACAAGAAAUUUAACUGCAAUUUAAAAAUUCCUCACAAUUUCACUCGAACCGUUAAGCCAUAUGAUCCACAUGAUACAUACAUUCGAGUCGAGCAGCCACGAUUGCUGAUAAACGAUCAGACUACUCAAUUUUGCCAGACGCUGGGCAUCGACGAUCCGUCCGCUUUAUUGCAGAUCAUCGCGAGCACUAUUCCAAAAGAUAAUAACAAGUCAAACGAAAUGUCGAUGGAGACGUCUGGCGAAUACAUGUCGGAAUCGAUGGAGAUUUCGUUUGAGGAAGACAGCAUACUUAACUCUACCUUUCAGGAAAAUUCGAAAAAUAAAUAUUUCGUCGACAACUCACCGAAUUUGUUUCCAAAAAGCGAUAACGAUGAUGAAUAUCAUAAUUCGAGUUACAACUUGGACACGAGUAAAAGCGCCUUGGAUGAUAAUAAUGUUAAUAUUCCUAUGUCUGUGGAUUCAGCUUCGAUGAAGGAUGGUAAUGGACAGUGUGUACAAACCGAACCAAAUUGCAAGAAAUUUAAACGUAGGAAUUAUUCUGUAUACUCUAAUACACUUUAACUGUAAUAGUGUUUACUUUAUUAGAUAUUUGCAUCAAUAUUUGAUAUUGUUUUCACUAUUGUAUAAUGGAAUUCUGUAUUAUACUUCCAAUUAGUAUGUAAAUAAUAUAAAGAUUUUUUUUAUAAAAAGAAAAAAGAAAGAGAAAGAAAGAUUAUACUAGGCUAACAAAAAAAUUUUGUACAUCUUUCAUCCAUAGUUUUUAUCAUCUUUAUCAACAUUCAUUACAGUGGUGAAUUAUUAGAUUACAGAUACUGUACAUUUUCUUUCCUGUAUUAAAUUUCUUCUCUUUCACAUACUAUAAAACUUAUAUUAAAUUGUAUAUAAUUUACAAUGAAUAAAUAUUUAUUAUGUUUGAUCAA